AUGCCCCCCCGCGCUCUCCCGAUAUCGCUUCCCGAGUACAAAUCCCUCCUGCAGAACCUCUGGCCCAAUGUGCCCAAACGCCUAGGCCUCGCCGUCAGCGGCGGGGUCGACUCAAUGGCACUAUCACAUCUCACUCGAAAGCUGCUCGAAGAAAAGCAAAUCCACGAAGUCCACGCCUUUAUCAUUGACCACGGUGCACGGUCCGAAAGCGCGCAGGAAGCCUCUUCCGUUGCUGACAUCCUCAAGUCAUAUGGAUUCCACCCGCAGGUGAUACCGCUGACCUGGGGCGCGGAUAACAUUGCAAAGGUGGGGUUUGAGACAAGGGCGCGGACUGCCAGAUUCAGAGCGCUGGCCAAGGCGUGUGUCACGAGCGAGGUGGACAAGAUAUUGCUGGCGCACCAUGGCGACGAUCAGGCUGAGACGGUCAUGAUGAGGUUGAUCUCUGGGAGUAGGCUGGAUGGGCUGGGGGGCAUGAGGCAUCUUUCGAGGAUUCCAGAGUGCUGGAAUAUCCAUAAUGCGAAUAAAGUGAUUAUGGGGAGGCCGUUCCUGACGGUGGGAAAGGACCGUCUGCAAGCAACUUGCGAGACAAAUGAUGUCAAGUGGUUCGAAGAUAAGACAAACCAUGACCCCACCUACACCCGCCGCAACACUAUGCGCCAUCUCCUCACUACAACGCCCUCACGCCUCCCCCGUGCUCUCCAGCGCGAGUCCUUAGUCUCUCUCGCAACCCGCGCCGAGGACCGUAAUCGCUCUAUAAAAGAGGAAGCAGAGGAUUUCAUUGCCAAGCGCUGUCAAAUCGUUCUUAACGAGCGCACUGGCUCGCUCGACUUCAAGCUCCCAAGAAACCGAGAGGAGCUGUUCAAAGAUGUUAACCCUGCAGUGCUUCAGAGAAUGUUGAUCAUCAUUACAGAGAAGGCAACGCCAGGGCGCAGAGUGGAGACAAGGCACAUGACAAAUGCGUUUGAGAAAGUGCUGGGCGCAGAGAACAAAAAGCAUAUACCUAUGUUCACUUCUGCGGGGCUGACAUGGACUUACAACGGGGAACAAAGCUGGACACUGAACCGCGAGCCAUUGCCACCGGUCAAGAAGGAGCAGGAGGAAUAUGUGCUAGGGCCGGGGAUGAGUGAGUGGAUGUUGUGGGAUGGCCGGUGGUGGAUGAGGGUAGAAACGCCACCGAGACACCGCAGCAUCGUCCGCAUCCUCAAGGACUCGGAUAUGAAGGCGUUGAGGAGCAAGGCGGGAAGAAUCUCUCCAAGGAUGAGGGCCAGGGUUGACGAUGCCCUCAAGAAGCAGUUGAAAGGACACUUGAGGUUUACCAUACCCGCCAUAUUCUGGAAGGUAGAUGUGCCUGAGGAUGUUUAUGGCGAGGGUGACGAGGUUCUUGCUGCCCUGCCAUCUCUGGGGUUGACUUUCCAGAAUGCGAAGUAUGAAAUCCAUUUUAAGGAUUAA